GCAGCCACCUUCUCCAUCGCUGAACUUCUCUCCUCCGUCAGAGGGUGUCGUCGCCGCGUCCUCUUCUGCUUUAGCCUUUGUUGUCCCUCUGUUUUUUCAAUCGCAGCUUCCUCCUCUGCUCCAUCUGGCGGCGUCUCUCUCUUCUCUAGUCAACGACGUCCCCCAUUGCUCUGCCAUCGCCCUCUUGAAGCCCGAGUUCUUCCUCUGCCGUGCCGCCUCCAGUCUCUCCUCCAGUUGUGCUGCCUUCAGCUGCGAUUUGUCCCUCCACCGAGCUUAGCCUUGGUCGCCUCUGUUAGGGUUAUUUGCUUCCUCUGUGGCGUCAAGGUUUUGGCAAAAAUGAUAGACUUGUUCUUGUCGGACCCCAACCGGCGCGACGAAGCGCAUGACAAUGAUUCUACGAAAUGGAGAAUAUCUCUGUUGAAGGAGCUGGAAUCCGUUAUGUGGUCAGGGAUGAUGUCUGGGGGUCGUGCGGAGGUUCGGCUAUGGCUAUGCAGCAGCAUCGCAUCUGUGACGUGUGUGGCUCCACGCGAUCAGAGAGAGCUCUUUGGGAAUUUGGUGAGAUGUCGAGGACACAAGUGUGGCCUUGCCUCCCAUCUUUUGCAUUUGAUGUUCGAUAAGUCCCCCAAUAAAGGCGGUUCCAUUUUAGCUCACACAAGUCGCAUACUCCAGAAAUUCUUUCAGGGUAAUCCUAAUCGUGUAUUGCAGUGGUUUUCAUAUUCUUCCUCGGGCAAUGGACUAGAGCAAGGGAAAGGUCUCAAGGCGUUGACCCAAUUUGCAUUUAAAAACCGGGAUAUUUGCUGGGAGGAGCUGGAGUGGAAGGGAAAGCAUGGGCAGUCACCAGCCAUGGUUGCCACCAAGCCACAUUAUUUCCUUGACUUGGAUAUCCAGCGAACUGUGGAAAAUUUUAUUCAGAAUGUACCUGAAUUUUGGUCAUCUGACGAGUUUGUUGAGUCGGUCAAAGAUGGUGAUAUUUUUUUCAUUGAUAGGCCAUUCUUUGUGCAUUAUUUCAUUAACUUAAUGUAUAAAGAGGAUUCAGGAGAUGUAUGGCAAGUUAUAGAUGGAUUUCUCACAGAGCAUCCCUUCUCUUCUUUGUGCCAGCACCUUCUUAUUACUCUCGACGAGCAGGACCUGUGCUACUUUUUGGAAUUGCUUCGUAAAUCACUCAACCGCAAAGUGGAAUUUCAACAUUUUGAUAAUGUCACUGAUUUGUUUGUGGUUGUACUUUUAAACUGUGCUGCUACUGGGUCUAUUGACCUGAUGCUACUGUUGAAUGCUGUCAUUACUUGCGGAAGGCAACUUCUACGCCUUUUACGGGAUGAGGAGGCUUCGGAGCUGCAAGCAAAAAUCGGUGACACUGUGUCGAAAAUAGCUGCAAUCCCAAGUAAUAGCAAUAGCUUGACCCCAAUCUUUAAGAAUACAGGCAACAUGACAAUUGUUGAAGCAAUAAAGUGUUUGGGACUUCAGUCUUGGGUUCUUUACUAUAGAUUGUCACAAGAAUGCAAAACUCCUGAGUCAUGGGAGUCAGUCUUUAUGAAUAAUCAAAUUGGUUUCCGCAUCUCGAAUAAGAAUGCAUUGCUAGAUCAUGAUGGACUCUUAGAAGAAGAUUGUUCUGGUUUUGAUCGGAGUCCUUUAGUUAGAUUGAAACGUAAGAAAAAACAAAAGGCUAAAAAGAAGAGGAGGAGGAAGUAUGAUAGUGAUGAUUGUAAUGAUGACGAGCUGCUGGAUUUUGAUUCUACAAGCCUGGAAUUGGACUUUCUGCAAAAUACUAGAAGCUGGCUACUUUCAACUGAUGGCUACACUUCAGCAUGGAGUAGUGCAGAUUUGCCGGAGCACCUACAUAAGCAUUGCUUGUCUAGGUGGAUGACAUGGCUUUUAGAAAAAUGAGGUGAAGUUGCUUCAGUGGACGACCGGGGUAUUGUGCCAUCAUCAUUAUAAACUGUGGGUAAGGGUUAACUUGAUCAGUUGUCUACUUGUGGUAUUUUCACUUGGUUGAUAUCAAGCAUGCCCUCCCGGUCCCCUUUUGUUUUUGUUUUGUGGCUGAAAUUCGUAAGACGUAAACACAUGGAAAGAUCGGAAUUCUUUUUAUUAGAAAGCUUGCCUGAGAAAUCUAUCAAGAUUAUUAAACUCUGGGUUCUUUGGGAAGUUCAUGAAGUGGCAAGACCUUGCUGAGUUUCCCCAUCACAAAUCAUUCUAGCAUCAACGUUGCAAGGGUUUCAUUCAGGGUGUGUGAUGAGUGCAUGCAGGCAAGCUCUAAUUCCUGAGAUGCAAGAGAACGGGAUGCAAGCAAGACGUUGUUAAUGCAACUUGUGAUAGAAAGUUUCUGUUCCCUUCUUUAUUUUUGGUGUGAAGCAGACAAUGGACUCAGAACCUUGAUUGCUUGAACUAAUUUCCUAUUCAGAUAGCGUAUGAAAAGAAGGUCUAUGACUAACUCUUUUGUUGACCACAUUACCAACUAAUAUCUCUUUGAUUUAUGAUAUCUGUUAUUUAAGUUGAGUGAGUAUAAAUUAUUCAGGAGUGCUAGGGGGCCAGCAGGUUUGUGAUUUGUAACCAUCAAUUAGCCAUCAUUAGUGUUUAAUGGUGUGAGAUUAUUCAUUUUUCUUUUGCUGGUUAAGUGCUAGCCAAAUUUUAAUAAAAGUGCUGAUCCCCUAGACUUUUUCUAAAUUAAAUACUAGAAAGUACUGUUAUUGUAUUGUGAUUUGUAAGGUCGAAAGCUUAAUUUUGUAUUUCUGUAUAUGAUGUUCAUUCUUAGUCUGCACUUUUGAAGUAUUCCUGGCUGAAAUCCGACCAACUCCAAUUAGGUUGGCACUUAGGUUAGCACCUCAAUCUAAACCACGUAAAUCUUUUGGUUGUGUAUGUCGCUUGCAUUAUAUUGGUCCAAUUUUCUAGACCAGCAAAGAUUAAUGCUUAUAGUGCGAUCUGGAUGACGCGUGUAGUAUGAGAGAUUGAGGUCGCAAGCGAGUGUCAAUGUUGGAAGAGAAUAUUGGUACCUUCUCCAUGAUGUGAAUUUUCAUUCUCUAAGUUUUACAAAAGGCAGAGAACAUAAUUAAUUAGUUAUUUUUCUUAAUCUUAGUUACAUAAUAAUCGAUGCAAGUAUAGCCAAUUACAUUUAAAUGUAGAUAACUCAAUUACUUAUAAUUCUAAAAGUUACUUUUCUAUAUGUAUAUAAUAUGCUAGCUAGAUUUAUAUUGAUUAUCGCUUUGUUCUCUUGUGAAUCAAUCUUAAUCAUAUCCUAGGCUUAGUGAUCCAAUUAGAUUUUGUUGGACUCCCAAAAUCCUCAAAACUAACACUGCAUACAGGAUACUGGAGAUCAGAGUCCGAUGAUUUGAUCCAUUGUGUGUGGUAUAAUAACCGGUCUACAUAUAUGCUUGUUUAAGGCUUCAAAUAUAUAUGAUAGAUGAUGUGAUGUGACAUGUGCAUAUGCUAAUUGCUUUGCCACUCUCUAAGAAUUUCUGCAUCAUUGUGGAGGUCCUCAUCAUGCGCUUGGUGGAAUCUUUGGUUCUGAGAGGAAUAGAUUUCUCUUCAUUAGCAGCCAUAGGUCUGUUGAACCCUCCAAGGAUAUAUCCUCAGUAGGUUAUGUGCAGAUGAAGUCCAUCAGUUUUCCCGAAUGUGGCGUUGACUAUCAAGACUACACACCAUGCACCGAUCCAAGGAGAUGGAGGAAGUAUGGCUCCUACCGACUUAUUAACGAUCCUGUGUGGGUGAUGAAUGUUGUCUAAUCUUAUGCUACCAAUACGCUCCCCGUGGUCUAUGAUCGAGGCCUUAUUGGAACCUUCCAUGACUGGUGUGAAGCGUUUUCAACAUAUCCUCGUACAUCUUGAUGGAGUCUUCACUGCAGAAAGCCACAGGUGACGUAUUUACUUUAAUCGGCCAAAUUAAGUGGAAAAUGAUAUUUUAGAUACUUCAAACUUAAAAAGGUGCUUUUCAAUUAGACACACCCACUUUUACAUAAAAUUAAUUGUAAUUUUUAUUUGUCUAUAUACAUUUAUAAUCUUAAAAUCUAAAGAGUUCGUAAAAUUUAAGUGUGGUAGAUAAAUAUGAUGGGGAAGAGAGCUGAAGCUUGGUGAAAACGUGGUGUGUGAUUUGAGGACAAAACUAAAAGUGGAGGGUGGAACUAGUUGUGCUAGCCAGACAGUGAGAAAGUGAGAAGCGGGUGAAUUGCUCUUGCUAUUAGCUUAUAGGGAACCAACCUUCUUGGUGGCUUCAAAGUUUAAUUUUACUUUUUAGUCCUUAGUGCGCUAAACCACUUUAAUUUUCACAUGACAAGAUUUCCGAAGAGGGUUGAGAUACAUGCCACAUUCCCUCUCAAGAUAGAAUUCUUAAUAAUCACAUUAUUCUUAAUUUGUCAUGUUACAGUUACAUUGGAAUCCAAAGCAUAGUGUGAUAGCAACACACAAUCAACCAAAAAGAUCUUUGAGACCCACAUUACCCAGAUGAACAUGAAAAAUGUUCUGAGGGUUACUUGAAACGCCGAUUUGGGCCUGAACGUGAGGUUCAAGUCCUUUUGGGUGGCAGGUCGUGAGGAGUUGGGGGGUGGUACCUACAACCUUCUAGAUGCGGUAGAGAUUUUAGGGAGCAGUUUGUCUGCUUUGAGCAAAUAGGGCUUUUGCCCUUCAGAGUCGGUGUCCGACCUCUUCAAAAGAGGUCGGGCAUCCCACGAGGUCCACCUUUAUUGGUGGCCCUUUUAUUGUUAUUGGGCCUGACUGCUAGUUAUUGGGUCAGGGUAUGAACAGUGUCCCUGCUUGAGUCCGUUCCUUCUCAAAGUCGGGCUCAAGCAUUUCGUGGCCUCUGUCCUAAACGUCGGGUUUGAGCUUGACGGAUCGUCCGACUUGUUUGAAACCAUAAACCCUAACUGGUCUGAUUUAUUUGAACUUGUCCAAGAAUGAGUUAAGUGGUCACAUCCCUCAAAGUAUUGGCAAUAUGGAGUUAUUGGAAUCCAUUGAUUUCUCUGGCAACCAACUCACAGGGGAGAUCCCUCAAAGCAUCACAAACUUGAACUUCCUGAACAAGCUAGACUUGUCCUACAAUCACUUGGAGGGCAAAAUCCCAGCGGGCACUCAGUUGCAAAGCUUUGAAGCAUCCGAUUUCGUUGGCAACAAGCUAUGUGGUCCACCAUUGCUGCUCAACUGUACCAUGGAGGGGGAAGUUCCUGAUGACAAUGAGAAAGAGAGAAAGAAUCAUGGAGUGAAGUGGGUGUUUUAUGAGUGUGGCUUUUGGAUUUAUAGUGGGAUUUUGGGGAUUUGUUGGUCCAUUGUUCAUAUACAAAUCAUGGAGGUAUGCAUAUUACCGUUUCCUUGAUGACAUGUGCUACAAACUCCAAUCAUGUAUGUGACUUUAUGUUUCUCAUGUUCUAAUUUUCUGGUGUGCUUGGUUUUUCAUUUCUGUGUAUGUGAUGAGUUUGUAAUGUUUUCUUGUUUUUCCCCUUUUCUUGUAAUAGUGGAAAUAAAAAUGAAUAUGCACUUCUCCUAAUUGUCUUGUUAAAAUGUAAUCCAGUUAGUAUUGUUGUGGCUAUAAUAAUAACAAUGUGAGUUAGAUUUAUCAUUGGCUUU